AUGGUGGUAAGGGAUUACGAAACACCAGGACCCGACGAAGGACCUGAACCGGGGUCAAUAUGGACACUUAUGUUCGAUGGGGCCUCAAAUGCACUAGGACAUGAAUAUGAAGCGUGCAUAUUGAGGUUAGAAGCUGCAAUCGAUCUAAGGAUUAAACUGCUCGAGGUGUAUGGAGAUUCAGCACUGGGAAGAGAUCAAAUGGCUGAUGCACUGGCAACGCUUUCCUCUAUGUUCAAAGUAACUUGGCUGAACUACGAACCACGGAUAACGGUUAGACACUUCGAUGAACCGGCCUACUGUCUCACAAUUGAGGAGCAACCUGAUGACAAACCCUGGUACCACGAUAUCAAAAGGUACCUGGAGAAACAAGAAUACCCAGAGAAUGCCUCUACGAUUGACAAAAAGACACUAAGGAGGUUGGCAGCCAAGUUCUUCCUGUGUGGGAAUGUCCUAUACAAACGGAAUUAUGACUCGGUGUUAUUAAGGUGUGUGGAUAAAAAUGAGACCAGGGAGAUUAUCAAAUAA